CUCUUUCCGCCGUACCCGCCAUCUUGUUGAGACCGGGGGUAAGAUCUCCUCUUAAUAAAUUCGCUUUUUUCUCAUUAACUUCACAGUUUUUAUUCCUUUCAAAGUGACUUACACGCGAAACGAAUACAAAUACCUUCGCUGUCGUAAUUAGGCAUCAUGACGAACACCAGAGGCAAGAGGAGGGGAACGAGGUACAUGUUUAGCAGGCCAUUCCGCAAGCAUGGCCCGAUCCCCCUGUCCACAUACAUGCGGAUCUACAAGAAAGGAGACAUCGUUGACAUAAAGGGCACAGGUACCAUUCAGAAAGGUAUGCCUCAUAAAUGCUACCAUGGGAAGACGGGACGCGUGUACAACGUUACCCAGCAUGCUGUUGGCAUCAUCGUCAACAAGCAAGUCAAAGGAAAAAUCCUGGCCAAGAGGAUUAACGUGCGCAUCGAGCAUGUAAAGCACUCAAAGAGCAGAGACAGCUUCCUGCAGCGCGUCAAAGAGAAUGAGGCCAAGAAACUUGAGGCCAAGCAGAAAGGCACCUGGGUGGAGCUGAAGCGCCAGCCUGCUCCUCCUCGUAAUGCUCACUUUGUCAGCACAAAGAAAAAUGAGCCUCAGCUCCUGGAGCCCAUCCCUUACGAGUUCAUGGCAUAAAGUACUCAAUAAAUUGAAGAACUUUGUACACAC